AUGUGUGAGGCCUUUGAUGCUUCGUUUAAAGAUGACUUUGAGGGAGUUCCAUGUUCACUCGCUUCCAGAGGAAGAAGCCCUAUGAAUGCAGCGAAUGCGGGUGCAUCUUUAAGCACAAGACGGAUCACGUUCGUCACCAGAGUCCACACUGGAGAGAAGCCCUUCUGGUGUGCCCAGUGCAGGAAGACUUUCAGGCACAGCUCUGACGUGACCAAGCACUGGAGGAGUCACACCGGAGAAAAGCCCUGUAAAUGUAGUGAGUGCGGCAAAGCUUUUAACUGCAGUUCCAAUCUCCUGAAACAUCAGAAAACCCACACUGGAGAGAAGCCAUAUGGAUGUAAGGAGUGCGAGGCCUGCGGCAAGAGCUUCAAGUACAACUCACUCUUGCUGAAGCACCAGCGCAUCCACACGGGCGAGAAGCCCUACGCCUGCCACGAGUGCGGCAAGCGUUUCCGUGGCUGGUCGGGCUUCAUCCAACACCACCGCAUCCACACGGGCGAGAAGCCCUAUGAGUGCGGCCAGUGCGGCCGCGCCUUCAGCCACAGCUCGCACUUCACGCAGCACCUGCGCAUCCACAACGGGGAGAAGCCUUACGAGUGCGGUGAGUGCGGCCAGGCUUUCAGCCAGAGCUCCAACCUGGUGCGGCACCAGCGGCUGCACACGGGCGAGAAGCCAUACGCCUGCAGCCAAUGCGGCAAGGCCUUCAUCUGGAGCUCGGUGCUCAUCGAGCACCAGCGCAUCCACACGGGCGAGAAGCCCUACGAGUGCCCCGACUGCGGCAAGGCCUUCCGCGGCCGCUCGCACUUCUUCCGGCACCUGCGGACCCACACGGGCGAGAAGCCCUUCGCCUGUGGCGCCUGCGGCAAGGCCUUCGGCCAGAGUUCCCAGCUCAUCCAGCACCAGAGGAGCAUUCACUCUGGGGAGAAGCCCUAUGAGUGCAGCGACUGUGGGAAAGCCUUCAUCCACAGCUCCCAUGUCGUCAGGCACCAGCGCAUUCACAACGGGGAGAAGCCUUACGUCUGUAAGGAGUGUGGGAAAGCCUUCAGCCAGAGCUUCAACCUCAUCAGACACCAGAGGAUCCACACAGGAGAGAAGCCAGAGAACCCCUACGAAUGCAAAGAGUGUGGGAAAGCCUUCAGCCAGAGCUCCAACCUCAUUCAGCACCAGCGAGUCCACACAGGGGAGAAGCCCUAUGCCUGCCAGGAGUGUGGGCGCGCCUUCAGCCGCAGCUCCUUCCUCAGCGAGCACCGGCGCAUCCACACUGGGGAGAAGCCCUACGAAUGCGGCGAGUGUGGCCGCUCCUUCAGGGCUCUGUCAGGCUUCUUCCGGCACCAGAGGAUCCACACUGGGGAGAAGCCCUUCCGUUGUGCUCAGUGUGGCAGGGCCUUCCGCCUGAGCUUUCACCUUAUCCAGCACCAGCGAGUUCAUGGCACAGAGUGA